AUGGACGCCUUUCUGAGGUCGGAGAUCCAGGUCGCUUUUCAGGAGGCGCUCUCCACGAAGAGAGACCCUGGAGCCGCCACGAAUCGCAGCCUCUCCCCGAAAGUGCUGGUGGACCACUUCCCCCAGCGCCCCGGCCCUUCGCGAGACACCAUCACCAACGGCGACUACGACGCGCCCCACUGGGGGCUGACCAGCCUCAGGGCCUUCGUCGCCAGCAACGCCAAGAAGAAGGGCGACGACGACCAGGACGCCGAGGAGCUCUGGCGGCGGCCCCAGGCCGGCGGCGGGAAGCUGCACCUGGCGCCCCCCCACUACAGCCAGCAGUCUUCUGGCGGCGGGCGGGCGUCCCUGAGGGAGCGCAGUACUGAGGCGAACAAUGAUUCUGUUUUCUUCGGGCCCAACGCCAGCGUUCACAUCCAGAAGAACCCGAAGAUCAGGCGGGGAUCCACGAGGGGAUCGCGAGGGGCAGGCCAGUCUCUCUACAUGGGCCGCGUUUCCAUGGCGAUCGCGAAGGCCGACGAGAAGAAGCCAUCGUUCGCGGAGUGGGCGCGAUCUUUGACGAGGCUGGAGACGUACCGCGGCAUGUCUGCCGCAGCGAUUCUGGGGAGCUUCAGGAACCCCAUCACCAUCGGCAUGGAGGCUGACUACGCGGCUCAGAACGUCACGGACACCGCGCCCAUCACGUACCGCGUCUUCGAGGUAUUCUUCUGCAUCGUGUUCACCACGGAGCUCGUGUUGCGAGUAUACGUAUACAAGCUUGAGUUCUUCUUGAAGAGAGAGGUGGGAGUGCUCUGGAACUACUUCGACCUUCUGGUCGUCACCGCACAGCUGGUUCAGGAAUGCUUCGAGUACAUUCAAUCCAGCGCCAACGGUAACAAUGAUGCGGGAAACCUACGCAUACUGCGCAUCCUCCGGGUCUUGAGGAUAGUGCGUAUCUUCCGAUUGGUGCGCGUCUUGCACCUCAUCAGCGAAUUUCGCGCGAUUGUGAGCUCCAUCAUCGGAUCUUUCCGAUCGCUCUGCUGGGCGGUGCUCCUGCUCCUGCUGAUGAUGUACAUCGUCGGCGUGUGGUUUCUCCAAACGGUGACCGACCUUUUCAUAACGCGCGCGGCCUUCGACGGCGACGGCGUGCUCAUCCCCUUCUCCUCGGGGGAGGAGUCCCUCAAGGGCCACUUCGGCUCGCUCGGCUGGGCGAUCCUCUCGCUCGACGUGGGCGACCCGCUGAUGAACGAGAUCGACUGGUUCCUGGGCCUCGCUUUUGCCGCCUUCAUCGCCUUCUCGCUCCUAGCGCUCAUGAGCGUCGUCACGGGCGUGUUCGUCCAGACCGCGCUCCACAGCGCCGAGCGAAAGGAGGAGAACUUCCUCACGGACAAGGACCUCGACGAGAAUCUGGAGGACCCUGAGAUAGCAAAAGAGUGGAAGAAUAUCAACGUCAGCGCCGACGAGGCCAAAUACGUGUUUGCGCUGUUCGACGUCGAGGAGAGCGGAGAAGUGCAGUUCGAGGAGUUCGUGAGUGCAUGUUCGCGCUUGAAGGGCAACGCCAAGUCGCUGGACUUGCCCAUCCAGCUGCAGGAGCCUCCGGCGCCCCCGCCGCAGCCCGCGGCCUCGCCCGACCCGCAGCCCGCUCCGGCGGUGGCGCCUCAGCCGGAGCCGGCGCCUGCACAGGGCCCGGCGGCGGCGGCGGCCCCGGCACCGACGGCCCCGGUGCAGAGGCUCGUGUCGCGGCGACGCGGAGACGACCCCUCCGCGGGCAUUCAGGGUUGA